AUGUAUGGCUGGUAUAACUGGAGUGACACUGAUUUGUCACUGAUCCGUGACGUCAUAAAUUUACAGUAUUUUUCAAAAUUUACAGUAUUCCUCAACAAAAAGGACAUUUUUGCCGAAAAAAUAGCCCAUUCCCCACUCAACGUUUGCUUUCCGGAAUACAAAGGCCUUCAAAACCAAACAGAAUGUACAAAUUAUAUUCAAUGGAAAUUUGAACAAGUAAAUAGAUCUAAUCAAAGGGAAAUUUAUUGCCACCACACUUGUGCAACCGAUACAAAUAAUGUUCAAUUUGUAUUGGAUGCUUGUCUAGACAUGAUAAUUGCAAAAGUGGGUUUCUCAUAUAAAAAAGGGUUUCGGAAAAUAUCCGGAAAACACUAA